AUAUCAAGCGUGAAGUGUAGUAGUAGUAAAAAUACAUAUAAGUUGGCGGCAAUUUAUCUUUUUUAGAUCCAUUGCCCUUCAAUUUAUUAAUUCGAUUUAUUUUGUAUCGUUCAUAAUAAGUGAAUAAAAAAAAACCAAAAAAAGACCAAAAGUAAUUUAACAAAGCUAAAUGACCGAAGAAUUACUUGUGAUCAACACUACAUUAGGACCAAUUAAAGGGCAACAAUGCACUGGUGUAUACGAUGAUGUCUAUUAUAGCUUUGAAAAAAUACCGUUUGCUGAAAAACCUCUUGGCUCGUUACGUUUCCGUCCUCCUGUUGCAAAAAAACCAUGGACCGAAAUACUCGAUUGCACUGAAAAGCCACCGAAACCAAUGCAAAAAAAUUUAUUGAAUCAACAAAUAGAGGGAAAUGAAGAUUGUUUGUAUUUAAACGUGUAUUGCAAGGAGCUAAAAACAUAUAAACCCUUACCGGUUAUUGUGUUUCUAUUUGGUGGGGGUUUUGAACGUGGUGAUCCCACCAGAGACCUACAUGGCCCCGAUUAUUUUAUGAUGAAGCCGGUUAUCCUCAUUACUCUCAGUUAUCGUUUGGGUCCUUUUGGCUUUCUAAGCUUUAAAGAUCCCGCUUUGGGUAUACCAGGUAAUACGGGCUUGAAGGAUCAACUGUUAGCUUUGCAAUGGAUUAAAGCGAACGUUCAUCAUUUUAACGGCGAUAGUGAGAAUAUUACUUUAGCUGGUGAAAGCGCUGGUGCGGCUUCAGCUCAUUAUCUAAUGUGUUGCCCAUUGGCUCGUGGUCUCUUCCACAAAGCCAUACUUAUGUCAGGCACUAUACUAUGUUCCUGGGCUUAUUCUCCCCUCAAAAAUAUUCCUUUACGUUUAGCUCAGGCAUUAGGUUAUCAAGGCCCGGUUACGGAUGAGAAAAAUAUAUUCGAAUUUUUACAGCAGCAAUCUGGUGAAAAUCUUCUCAAGCCCUAUUUAAAUACUAAAGAAGAAAAUAUGAAUGAUUUUUUGUUUACAUAUGGUCCGAGUAUAGAGACAUAUCAUACAGAAACUUGCAUAAUCGAUAAAGAUCCCGAAGAAUUAUUAUCAGAAUCAUGGGGUAAUGAAAUCCCAAUACUAAUAAGUGGUACAUCGUUCGAAGGGCUUAUGAUGUAUGGUCGCGUUUAUAUGGCACCAUUUCUCAUUACUGAAUUAGAAAAUAAUUCGCAGCAUUUACUGCCUCUCGCUUUAAAACAAAAUUAUUCAAUGGAUAUGCAAAAGGUAUUCGCGAAAAGAAUUCAAGAAUUACAUUUUGGUGAUAAGCCAUUCAGCUUGGAAAGCAUUUUAAAUUAUUGCGAGUAUGCGUCAUAUAAAGUUAUUUGGCAUCCAAUUUUGCGUACUCUGCAUGCUCGCCUUAAAUGUAAAUCAAAAAAAACUUCUGCUGAUACUUGUGCUACUGCUGCUGACAGUUAUUUGUAUCGUUUCGAUUUCGAUUCACCGCAUUUCAAUCAUCAACGUAUCAAAUAUUGCGGCAAACAGUUACGCGGUGUGGCCCAUGUCGAUGAUCAUUCGUAUUUAUUCUUCGGUAAUUUCUCAUGGAAAUUAUCUACCGAAACACCAGAAUACAAAACCAUUAAACGCAUGAUUGACAUUUGGACGAGUUUUGCUCAAUGCUCACGUCCUUUUUCCUAUGCUACAGAUAGCGUAGAAAAUAGCGAUAAGAUAACGCAAUCAUGGUUACCAGUUGUAACUGGCUUUAAUGAAAGCAAUGCUACCGUUACGAUAAAAUGUUUGAAUAUUGAUAAUCAACUGGAAUUGAUUGAUUUGCCUGAGAUGGCAAAACUCCAGACAUGGGAAAGUCUCUACCAAUAUGUAAAAUAGUUUACUAAACUUAGAGGA